AGAGUAAUCAGUUGAACUAUGGGCGCAUAGGCGCUUGGAGACAUCGACUAUAACACUGGUAUAAAAUAACAUGACCAAAACGACUAGCACCGUACGUGGUAUCACGUCGAGGCAUGUCCUCCGGCACAAAGUCCAAGUAAAAUCUACCAGCGACUUGGAACGCACUGCCAAACUAGGAUUCCCUCCAUUAGACAGUGAUGCCACUGAUCAAGGCUUGAAGUCUAUGUCCUGGCCGGCAACUCGUAUUCAUACACUCCCGCCGCACCCGAGUCCCAUCGCUCCCUUUCCCUAUCCCAGUGGCUCCGCAGAUGCGAGAACCUGA